UUUGUUCCGCUUUUGCUUUGUGUUGGUUGUUUAACCACCUCAACACACCACCAGACUAACUCCACUUGUCUUCGCUUCGUCCGAUAAUCCAAACGUCCCCUGAUGACUUCUCCGUUGGUGGCGGAGGCUGUCUCCGUCGCAGCUCUCCGGUCGGUGAUGCUCCGUGUCCAACAAGCAGCAGAGAGAUCCGGUACCAGACCCGAUCGAGUACGGGUCGUAGCAGUAUCCAAAACCAAACCUAUUUCCAUGAUUCGCCAACUCUAUGACGCAGGUCACCGUUGCUUCGGCGAAAAUUACGUCCAAGAAAUCAUCGAUAAAGCUCCUCAGCUUCCACAAGACAUUCAAUGGCACUUCAUUGGACAUUUGCAAAGCAAUAAAGUUAAAACACUUUUGGGUGGAGUUCCAAACUUGGCCAUGGUUGAGGGGGUGGACAAUCAGAAGGUGGCAAAUCAUCUCGACCGUAUGGUUUCAACCCUGGGAAGAAAUCCUCUGAGGGUUUUGGUGCAAGUAAAUACCAGUGGAGAAGCAUCCAAAUCUGGUGUUGAUCCUUCCAAUUGUGUUGAUCUUGCAAAACAUGUGAAACUGAGCUGCCCAAACUUAGAAUUCUCUGGCUUAAUGACGAUAGGAAUGCUAGAUUAUACCUCAACUCCGCAGAACUUUCAGACCCUAUCGAGUUGCAGGACUGAAGUUUGCAAGGCACUUGAAAUGGACGAGGAGCAAUGUGAACUGUCAAUGGGCAUGUCUGGUGAUUUUGAAUUAGCGAUUGAAUCGGGUAGUACUAAUGUGAGAGUUGGAUCAACGAUAUUUGGACCAAGAGAGUAUGCAAAAAAACAAUGAUAGCAAGAAGUUGAAAUCUCUCUUCCUCUGUCUAAACCAGACAUGGUUACAUUAAGACACAUCUCCUGAAUGGUAUUGUGUUUUAUUAUUACCUCUGUAAUUGAUGUAAUGGAAUUGUUAAUAAUCACUUUCAUAGCUGGUCUCUGUACUAAGAAAAAACCAUAUAGCAAAUCUUCCAAUUUCCACUUUUCUUACAGAAUGCUUGUUCAAGCUACUUGAAAAGAGAGGGAGGGAGAAGCAAAUACUCUUCUGAUAUAGUUGCAGCAUGCUGCUCCAUGAUAACACAGUGGUCAUCUGUAAAAAGAAAUCAAACAAUUGUAACUAAUGUUUGAAUAUUAUUUAUCUCAAUAUGAUAUUUGCAGGCCAAUUUGCACC